AUGAUUUUAGGUGCGGGAUAUCAUGAUAAUUCUGCAACAUUGGUAACAGCUAUUUAUGACAUUGGCAGAGGCAACUGGCUGAAUUGGAAAAGAUCUUUUGUUACAUAUAUUCAGAACUUUUCGCAUAUCUUGAAGUUGAAUACAAAACUUGUUGUUUUUUGUGAAAAAUCAACAGAAAAAUACUUGAGAAAACAAUAUGGACACCUGGAACAUUCAAAAGUUGUUUUCAUUGUAAAACGAUUUUCUAAAAUUGAAUUCGAAAGAUAUCGACAAAUUUUAUACAAUAUUAUAGAAACAGAUGAUUUUAAAGAAAAUAAUACCAUGCUACAACAUCCAGAAGGAUUUUCGGUAGAAUAUAUCAUUCUUAUGAAUAAUAAGCUGUCCUUCUUAAAGGAGGCCAUUAAAGCUGAUAUAUUCAAAAGCUCCCAUUUCUUUUGGAUAGAUAGUGGUUAUGGUCAUGGUGAUGAAAACAUAUUCCAAAACCUUAAAAAGUGGACGCCAUCAAAACUUCUUUCAUUGAGCAAAACAGUAACGUUCAUACAACUGCACGAUACUGAAAUGUAUAAAGAGUAUGGACUUAAAUUACACAAGGAAAGCAUCGAUCCAGCUUUUUCCGGAGGAUUUUUUGGUGGACAUAGAUCAGCUUUAUUAGAAUUGUACCAUCUUUACAACAAAAUGUUCCGAUCAUUGUUACUUGAAAAUGUUGUAGAUGAUGAUCAAAAUAUUCUUUUAUUUUGUUAUUUUGAAAUACCCCGGCUAUUCAAUUUGGUAAAGGGUGAUUGGUUUGACGCAUUCAAACUAUUUGGAUAAAUAAAAAUCAUAUUUAAUAAAUUGUGUGCUCCCGAAUCGCUUUUCUGAAUUUACAUGCACUAGGAAUAUGAGGAAAGCUUUAAUUCAAAAUUUUAUAAGCUACGGGUGUAUUAAUACCUGUAAACGUAAGAAGCUAUAUGAUUAAUUUGUAUCUGAAAAUAAUAGCCAAAGUAUCCAAUAACAACAUUUCUUACAUUUCUUAAACUAAAAGUCAUGUAUUCUUGGUAUAUGGCACAGGCAUUAUCUGUUUUACAUCUUUCCCUAUGACACGCUUUCACAUUAUUUUGUUAUUUUGAAAAUUUUCUGUUAAUAGCACAUUUGUUAGGACUACUUAGUUUAGACUCGGACUUUAGCAUAUUAUACAUGUUAUAUAAGUCUACUUUUGAAAACUGUUCCUAAAAUUCUUGUUGUCCAAUUGAUUUUUGUUGGUGUGUUGCUGCUUCUUCGACGUUUACCCGUGUUUCCAUUCAUUCUUAUCAAUUAUGUAAUAUAGUCCUCUCGAUAAUGAAAAGGCGAAAUGAUUAUAGAUAGGUUUGUUCGGUUCAAAGAGAUCUAAUCGUUCGUAUAACGAUAACUUUAAAACGACUUAGUCUACAAACUUUUAUAGGAAGGUAAUUCGAUAAUUCGUAAUUAAAAAACUUCAGCUUACCUAUACAAUUGUGUAUAGGUUUGAAUGGCAAUUUACGAAUAUUUGUUUUUUAUAUAAUUUUAAGAAAAAUCAUGAAAAUAGCUGCAUGUUUGAUAAUGCGUCGUUAUCAAUGCUAGCUAAAAGCAAGAGUCUUCCUAACAUGUCACUGUUACCGACAAAUACAGUUUCAAGUGUUUUCUAGGCGUGUUGUCCUUUGUUUGAUUAUCUGUACUCCUGUCUAAUAUUUGUUUAUUUGUAUCACCUGGCUUAAUUUCCUUUACCUUUCUAUGUCUCGUUUUGAGAGAAAAAUUAGUAUUGGCAUUCGACAGCAAAUGGCUUAUCAUUGUGACAUUAUGUAUAUUAUAACUUUUCUAUAUCUAUUUUAUAUACAAAUGAAUCUGCAACAAAAUGUAUUUUUGUCUAAAUUGAAAUUGAAAAAUUA